CAUUGUGUUUUGUGUUAUUGUUGUGGUAACCUAUUUGUUAAAUAGAUUAUUGUAUUUUGUAUUAUUAUAAUUUUCAGAUUAAAUUGUAUAUAAUUUGACAAUUUAUUAACUUAAAAUUUUAUUAAUACAUUGCAUCAAAAUGAAUCGUUCUUGGAACAGAAAUUCGAGUUCAUCCUCAGGUUUUGUGUAUUUCGCUAAAGAAUCUCAAAAAGAAUGUGGAGAUUCCGAGAACUUUUUGUCAUUUCAGGAGAGCCCUCAAAAAAGUUAUAACCAUAUUUCACCGAAUUAUGGAACGCCAAUGUCCCAUAGCAGCCCUAGAAAUUUCAAUAAGAGAAAUAAUUACAGAUAUUCUGGGAGAAAUAGAGGAAACAGAUCAUAUGUUAGUCCUAAUGUAAAUUUUAAAUCUUGGAAUAACUACAACUCACCCAAACCACAUCAUCAGAAGAAAAUAUCAUUUAAUAAAAUUCCAAUGAUGAGCGCAGAUGGCCAGAGAGACAUGUCGAUGUUUUAUGAUCAUACAUGUACUUGGAAUCCAUGGGCAGAUUUAGAAAAACAUUUCAAAGAAGAGGAACCAGUUAAAGAGGAGAAGAUGAUUGAAAGCCCAUCAGUACCAAUAGUUAGUGAACCGGAAAGCAAAACAAUAAUAGAUACUAAAAAAGAAAAUGAGUCUAGUUCUAGUGAUGACAGUAGUGAUUCAGAUGAAGAUACUAGUAGUAGUGAUAGUGACAAAAAAGAAGAAAAUGACACGUCAUAGUAGUUAGUAUAAUUAUUAAAUACAUUAGGAAAAUCUAAUAUAUGUAACACAGUAUAUCUACAAAGUUUAUCACAAAAAUUUAUGAUUAUCUAAAUUAUAUUUCAAGCUAAUUAUGAAAGCUUAUUAUCAAAUAAGGUUCCCAAAGGGAGUAAAAUUCUUUUGAAUUUAAUUCUAUCCGUAUAUACGUUCAGUCUGAAUUUUGAACGUUAAAGGCAAAUUAUGUAUUAAUAAAUGAUUAUUUAAUUAACAAGCAGAACUACUUGGGUUUACUUGUCAGAAAUACUUAACUAGGGUUUUGGGUUUUACUGUCUGGUCUAGAGUCUAGAAAGUUUUAUCAUGGAGGCUGGGAAUAAUAAGAUAAAGAACAAUAAUUAAGACGGGCGAAUUUACGAAAAACAGAAAUUUAUCUCAAUUCUGUCCAAGCUCUCAUGAGAGACAUUCGAAGAAAUUUGCGUCUAGUAAAGCAGAAUGGGCAAUCCGCUAGUAUAACUUAGUUAAGUAUUGAGUUGUAAUUUGUGAUAACUAUUUAGUGUUUAAAUAAAUUUUUUCGUAUAUAAUAUCACAAGAGAGAAAAUUUUGCCGGCAAUAUUUUCGACUGGUAUGAAAGUUUGUUGCCUGGCAAUUUUCGCGAAUUAAAUUUUGACUUAAAUCACGAGACGUCAGUCGAGUGAUUUUGUCAAAAUUUCAUAAGCGAAAAUUACCAAAAGGCAACGAACUUGAAUGAAACCAGGAGAAAAUUCUGCCGGAAAUAAUUUUCUCUCGAAUGAUAUUCGACAAGACUAUUUCACGAGACAAUUAAUGCACCAUAUCAACGAAAUAUAAUCUGUAUUUAUUUGUUAUUACCAGACACUUUCGUGACGGAUCUGUCAUAAUUUUGUCGCUGAGAUUUCACGUCGUUAAGGAGUUUUGUCAGUAGGAAACGAAGCGUUGCUAUGCCGUUUUAUCAGUUAAAAACAGUCUAGUGAAAUAGUCAUUAAAAGAAAUCCGAUAAAUAUUUUGUGGCAAAACUUUUUAGACUCAAUACGAGAUACGAUACCUCAUUUUUCAUGUUUUUAAGUUUUGUGGAUAUUCUGCAUAUAUUAUGAAUUUUAAAAAUUAUCGUAACAUUAAUUUGGGAAUACUUUUUUAUAGGAAAUUAUGGAAAAUGUCAAAUUAUAUUUAUUUAUGAUUAAUAGAUUUUUAUUAAAUCUAA